GUUUAAUCAACGGCCUGUUAUAGGUUACACUCUUUUCUCCUUCUCCAAAUAUAAGAAAUCUUCAAAAGUCCCAAAUUUUUAAUCUCCAUAAAUAAAAAAUAAAAUAAUUAAAUUUCUACAAAAUCAUCGACCGAUUGAUCAAUUUACUCUUCAAUACUUCAAAUUUUUCCCAGGAAUUGUAUAAUUUUGAAGUUCUUUUUGGGACCCCAUUGAUUCGGGAUUGAGGAGUAGUUGAUUGAUUGUUUGGUGGGUUGAACUGUGAAGAUUUUUUGCUGCAAUCAAUUCCUGUGCAAAAUCGAAAAUGUUUAAGCGAUUACUUGGAAAACCCAAACAAGAAACAAAUGCUCUAGCAACAUUAGACAAGUUAAAUGAGACGCUUGAAAUGCUUGAGAAAAAGGAGUCAGUUUUAUUGAAGAAGGCUACUGCUGAGGUUGAAAGAGCGAAGGAAUUUACUAGAGCAAAAAAUAAAAGGGCUGCAAUACAAUGUUUGAAAAGAAAAAGGCUCUAUGAACAGCAAGUCGAACAGCUUGGAAAUUUCCAAUUGCGUAUCCAUGAUCAGAUGAUACUGCUAGAAGGUGCAAAAGCCACAACAGAAACCGUUGAUGCUCUUAGAACUGGAGCAGCUGCAAUGAAAGCCAUGCAGAAGGCAACGAAUAUUGACGAUGUUGACAAAACAAUGGAUGAAAUCAAUGAGCAGACUGAGAACAUGAAAAUGAUUCAGGAAGCGUUAUCUACACCAAUUGGUGCAGCUGCUGAUUUUGAUGAAGAUGAGUUAGAGGCAGAACUUGAAGAACUGGAAGGAGCUGAGUUGGAGGAACAACUCCUUCAGCCUGCUACUACUGCCCCUUCUGCACCUAUUCAUCUGCCUGCUGGUAGGCAACAAGUGCGUCCUGCUGCCCAGCACAGCAGAACGGAAGAAGAUGAACUUGCUGCUUUGCAGGCUGAAAUGGCUCUUUGACGAGUGAUAAUCGCCGAAUAAAGAAUGCUGUAAAGAUCAAAAGUACUCUUUGUGGUGGAUGAUUUUUGAAUUCUUGCAAUGCAGCCUUAGCUUUACAAGUAUAACUGUAUAGAUUACAGGAGUUGAUUUAAUAUUUUAUGUCAAAGUUGAAAUGGGAAGAGUUUUGCUACUUUUACAUGAAAUUUCAUUCUUGAAAUUGUACAAAGUAUCUCUUCUAUCAACAUUAAAGUACAUUUUUU